GAGCGCGCCCGGUUCACCCGUCAUCGCUCUGGCAUCGCCAUCACCGCGAAUGAGGUUAUGGAGGAAGGUCAGCUUGACGACGGAGUCUUUGCGACUUUUGAGAAAUACGAAGAGUUCUCUGAGGCUCAAAAUACCUUUCUCAAACUGUGCAUCGUUGAUUCCACAGGCGACGAGUCUAAUGACGCCGAUCGGUUGCUCAGAAAGCUCUCCAUGAUUCUCGAUGAGUAUCAGGAGCAAUCGUACCUCCUCGAUCCUUUCUUAGAGCGACUCGUCAGCCCGAUCGUAGAACGUCUGAAGCUCUCCAUUAUAAACUGGUCGUCAUCUUGGAACUUUCAGAAUUCGGAGAAUCUUGGACGUAUCGCGGCACUGUUGUACAAUUACGUCAAAUCCCGCGGAUUUAAGACUAUCACUCGAUUCUUCCCUCACGAGAUCGACGAUCUGACCAUCGCACUGUCGUUUCUCGUCAAUAACAAGAAGCUUGCAGACGAUCAAGAGCAGUGGCCCUUGCGAUACAUCAUGCUACUCUGGCUCUCGCUCAUUUGCAUGCUGCCUUUUGAUCUCGCUCAGUUCGACGAGCCGGAGAACGUUGGCAAAACUGCGUCGGAUUUGGAGCUGACAGCGAGAUCUUACUUGAACAAAGCUGGAAUAGAGCGCGAAGGUGCCGCCAUCUUGCUCGCCCGUCUCUACGCCAGGCGGGACACGAACGUGCGCUUUCCCGCGUUUUUGGAGUGGGCAACUGAAGCCCUCAAGAAUUCAGACGCAAUCUUCCUUCCGCAGUCUGUUGGCACACUUCAAGUCAUCUGUGACUUAGUCAAGACGAGCUCUACUAGUCAGGUCUUUCCUCAUGCUCCGCUGUUACGAGACAUCUCUCGCACGGUAGAGGGCAACAAAGUGUUGAUGAGCAAUAUCCUCGUGCGCAAGUUUCGUAUCAAGCUCAUAUCUCGUGUGCUGCUUCGCCUCCUGCCUCCGCGGCGCAGAGCGGGGAUGAAGAGAGGGAAGGCAUUGAUGUCUACCACUGAGCAAAUCAAUAUAGAAGAGGAUGAUGUGGACGUGGACGUUCCUGAAGAGUUGGAAGAUACACUGGAAAGUUUGCUUGACGCCUUGCAGGACAAGGACACAGUCGUCCGAUACUCAUCCGCGAAAGCUGUCGCCCGCAUUUCAGAACGUCUUCCAUCUGAUUUCGUAGAACAAAUUCUACAGCCAGUACUCGCCCUGUUCUCAAUCCACUCGCUAGGCGCAGCCUCGCUCUACGAUAUGCCAUCCAUAGCCGAGUCGACAUGGCAUGGUGCAUGUCUCGCCUGUGCAGAGAUGGCGAGAAGGGGUUUGGUUGCGGACAGCCGACUGAAGGAGCUCAUAGACUGGAUGCGUAAAGCGCUGUAUUUUGACAUCCGCAAGGGCGCGCAUUCUGUGGGUUCUAGCGUGCGGGACUCGGCAUCCUACGUUCUGUGGUCUCUCGCACGUGCACAGAGCGUCGCUGCCCUUUCCCCCUUUGCAGAUGAACUUGCACAGACGCUUGUGACUAUUACUGUCUUCGAUCGAGAAGUCCACAUCCGUCGUGCGGCUAGUGCCGCAUUCCAGGAGUUCGUAGGUCGAACGAGUCUGUUUCCCCACGGAAUAGACGUUCUUCGCAAGACAGACUUCUACGCCGUCGGCAUUAGGCGUAAUGCUUUUUUGGUCGCAGCACCUGAAGUUGCUGAGCAUGAAGUUUACAGGUCCGUUCUGAUACGCCAUCUACUGACUGUGACCCUUCGACACUGGGACCCAAACAUGAGAAGACUCGGCGCCAAAUCACUGCGGGAAAUAUGUCAGCUGGAUUUGUGGACGCUAGGCCCCUCUUGCGCAGACGAAGCUACAAUAUUCUUGGAUUCGGUCGAUUCUGGCGACAUUCAUGGCGCUUUAUGGGUUCUCGCCGAGCUGGCGGAUGCGUAUCAAACAGGUGGAGCCGAAGAGCAGGCACUUGUUCAACUUCGGAAGAUCUUUGGCUAUCUGGCCAAUCUGUCGCAGACAAUUGUGCAGUCUUAUCGGAACGAACUCAUUACUGCAGCAGCAUGCGAGGUAAUCGCGAACAGUAUUACUUCGGCGGAAGUAGAGACAAGCAACAGCAAGUCAGGGCCACAGUGGCGAAGCAUUCUUGAAUUCUCUCUGAAGAGCAAUAGUGCCGUCGUCCAAGAGGCAGUUGCCCAUGCGAUGGCGCGCGUCAGCCAGCUGGUUGACUGCUCCGAUUAUGUACAAAGAUUCGUCAGGGAGGGAAAAUCCGCUUCACCAGCCACUCAACAAAAUGCUUGUCGCGUGCUGGGCGUCCUGGACUAUAGCACGCACGAGCAUGGCUUGCUGCCUGCUGUCAAGUUCCUUGUUGCUAAUGUUGAGAAAUCGACCGGGACAAAGAACGUCGAAGCCCGUAGAAAUGCCUACCAAUCGCUACCUCAAAUACUGGCGAACGUUGUCUCGAGACUCAACAAGUUCUUACAGCCUGAGACUGUCCGCUCCAUGUUCGACGCCCUACUUUCUGGCCUUGAGGAUUACACUAUGGACGAGCGCGGAGACGUCGGCUCUUGGAUACGCAUCGCUUGUGUCAGAGGCCUUGCAUCGACCAUCGAAUUGCUCCUGAAGAACGCACCGGGCAUUCUACACUUCGAACAGUAUUUGCCGCCAGCCAAGUUCCACGAUGCCAUCGGAGGCAUAUUUAAGCAAGGUGUGGAGCGGCUGGAUAAUGUUCGCCAGCAAGCGGGCGAGCAGGUCGCAAGACUGCUGUCCUUGAGCCGGCCAGAGUUGCCGAAUGGCGACCAGUGGGUCGUCCGCAAUGGGCGCCUAAUGAGAGACUUGUUUAUGAGGGACAAAGAAGAGGUGAACUGGAACGACGGCUCGCGGUUAUUCCCCAAAGUUGUGCAGCUCCUCGCGAUCCCAGAGUAUCGCCACGCCAUCCUAUCGGGCCUUGUGCUCAGUGUGAGCAGCAGGACAGACAGUACACAACGGCCGGUGUCUCAAGCGCUUGCGGCCUAUGCGCGGACGCUGACUGUAGAGAGCGUAGAAGAGGGGUAUGACCUUCGAGGGUUGGCCACGGACCUCCUCGCGCAGGCCAAAGGCAACCUUACAUCCAACAGUAUCGUUAUUCCGGUUUUGCAGACGUCGAGUGUGUUGCUCGAGGCUGAGGCCUUCGAGAGGCUGUACGAUGAUUACGAGGGCUUGAAGAGCUUGCGCUAUCUUUUGUCUAUCAGUUCGAAGGGUGUCGCCAAAUUCAAGAAUGUCCAAAGGGUCGCGGCUUCGAUGCGAAUAGUGGUCAAUCUGCUGUGCGUUCCGCAUCUGCGGAAAAUUUCUGCCGAGCAGCUUACUGUAUUCCUCGGGCAUCAGUACCCCAAGGUCCGGGUAGACACCGCCGAAUGUCUUUACAUGGUGCUGCAAAGCAAGGACCUCGGUAUAGACACCGAAGAAGUAGAGGAAGUUCUGCUGGAGACCGAGUGGUCCUCGGAAGACGUUACCACGAUCCAGGCCAAGGCUGAACAGUGCACUCUAGUGCUGGCCGCGCCCGCAGACGAGGCUUAGAUAACGGCGGGGGCGGCGUGAACCUGUGGCGUUGUAUUGCGACUUGCGAAUAGAGCGCUUUCGUGCGAAGCUUAUGACUAGUGAGGCCUAGUGAGAUACAAGCCUUGCUGCCUCGUGCCGUACAGUCUGGGAGACCCAAGUGUUAGGGCGAUUCGCAUGGAACAAUUCUCUCCAGUCGGCC